AUGGCACGUCAUCGCCGUUUCGCUACCGAAAACGACCGCUGGAACGCCCUCCAGAAGCGGGAACCGGGAGCUGCCCUAGCUUUCAUAUACGGCGUCACGACCACACGCAUCUUCUGCCGACCAACAUGUCCCGCUCGACUCGCUCGGCGUGCCAAUGUCGUCUUCUUCGAUACGGUUUCCGAUGCCCUAUCAGCAGGAUUCCGGGCGUGCAAACGGUGCAAGCCGGAGGAGGUUUUCCGAAGGGCACAUGAAGAGGCGGUAAAGAGGGCGUGUGAGGCGUUGCGUGCUGCUAAUGGGAAGACAAUAACAUUAGAAACUCUGGCGGGGGAGGCCGGGUUGUCGUCGCGGUAUUUUCAUGGCGUGUUUAAGAAGAUUGUUGGUGUUACGCCGAGAGAAUACGCGGCGCAGCUAAGGAUAGAGAAAGAGCACAAUCAAGGCGAAGACGAACGGACAGGCGAAUCAAAUUACCAGAGCCAGACACUGCUCGGCGAGAACGCAGAAUUCGAGGUACUGGCCCCGGAAACCAGAAUUAUGGAACAGCUACGCUUUGAUUGGAGUCAACUGACCCCUUCGGCUGAACCUGAGUUGCUUAUCGACAUGGACUACGAGGCGAUGAUGUCGAACCUUGAUGUUUAUAGCUGA